AUGGAAGGGAUUAAAUUGAAUUUGAUUGUGACAGCACAUGGCACAAGGCGAGGCAAGACAAGAGAGAAGAAACAACGGGAGCCGGUUGAAGACGGCCAGGAACAGCCCACUGUAAUAGCCGGCUGUCUCUAACGUGCCAGCGCACACUCUUUUAACCCUUUUCUUUCGCCUCUCUUCCCUUUAAAAACCACCCCAUUGGAGGACAAAGUCAUCUCCUCAAUUUUUCAACUUUUAUCUCUCGCUUUCACCACCCUCUUCAUGGCCAAGUUGUCACGGCAAAACCCGAAAAACAAUGCAAACGCCAAUGCUAAUACUCAUAAUAAUAAAAAUAACAAUUCUAAUCAUCUUACAGCUAAUAAUGGUGUGACCAAGGUGAAAAGAACAAGAAGAAGUGUUCCAAGAGACUCUCCUCCUCAACGUAGCUCCAUUUACAGAGGGGUCACCAGGCACAGGUGGACAGGCCGAUAUGAAGCUCAUUUGUGGGACAAAAACUGCUGGAAUGAAUCACAGAAUAAGAAAGGAAGACAAGUCUAUCUUGGUGCUUAUGAUGAUGAAGCUGCAGCUGCUCAUGCAUAUGAUUUAGCAGCUCUCAAGUAUUGGGGCCAAGACACCAUUCUUAAUUUCCCAUUAUCAACGUACCAAAAAGAACUGAAAGCAAUGGAGGGUCAGUCCAGAGAAGAGUACAUCGGAUCAUUGAGAAGGAAAAGCAGUGGCUUUUCUAGAGGAGUUUCUAAAUAUAGAGGUGUUGCCAGACAUCAUCACAAUGGGAGAUGGGAAGCUCGGAUUGGAAGAGUGUUUGGCAACAAAUACCUUUAUCUUGGGACAUACGCAGCCACCCAAGAAGAAGCUGCCACUGCAUACGAUAUGGCAGCCAUUGAGUACCGUGGAUUAAACGCUGUCACAAACUUCGAUCUCAGUCGUUACAUCAAGUGGCUGAAACCCGGCCAUCACGGCGGUAACAUUAAUCCAAAUCGUGAUAUUGCGAACCCUAAUUUAGUGCUGGAUAAAAGCUCGACAUCAUCAACUCUUGAUGGAAGCAACUCUUCCAGUAUUCAUCAUCAAGACUUCCAUGUAGCCUUCUUCAAUAACAACCAACAAAGUUCAAGUGUGACCGCCAACGAAACCCCCGCAUCGUUGGUGACUCAGGCGGUUCGACCGGUGACUGCCACGUCAGCCCUUGGGCUUCUCCUCCAGUCAUCAAAGUUCAAGGAGAUGAUGGAGAUGACUGCUGCCACUACCACUUCUUCUAAGGCUGAUCAAUGUACAUCCACGUCGACGUUAAUGGUGGAGUCAGAGUCAGACCCACUUCAGUGUAGCUUCCCGGAAGACAUUCAGACCUACUUUGGUUGUCAAGAUGAAAUGCUUUUCGGCGAGCUCAACUCGCUUGUCUCACCGAUGUUUCAGUGUGAUUUCGACGCUUAGAGGAGCAGGCAUAAGCCUAGUAUCAAGAGAUUAUAGGAAAAGAGGAUUUGUAUCAUUUUCUUUUAUUAUUCUAAAUUUAUUAUUUAAUAUUCACAAAAUGAAUAACAAUUAGGUUAACUCUUUAUAGAACAAUAAUACUUAAAAGCAUUAACAAAAGGUACAUUAUAAC